AUAUAAAAUGAUUUGUCCUCUCGUAAAAGCAAGGAGGUUGAGAAUGUAAAUUAGACGAAAGUCACGAGUGCAAAUGUCUCGUAGGCUUUCCAAGGCAUCAGACUCAAACCUAUAUAUGCAGAUCUCACAUCAGACGUGAGUCAUCAUCAGAAAGAACCCCGAAUAACUUCCAUCUCUAUUGUUAUUCAUUGUUAUUUUUCUGUUCCUUUUCAAACAUGGGAGAUCAGAGGCAACGUUUUCGUUUUCGACUCCCUUGGCUCUCAUCAGCUAUCACUCCCCGCCCUGCGUCUCCUCCUCGUCCUGCUGCUGAACCACAACCUCGACCUGCAGCUCCAACUCAAGCACCUGCCCAGUCAGCCACUACCAUCCCUAUCCGACGGCCACCAUUUCGGCCUGCAGGGAUCACCCCAGUACAGACCACUCCCACCCAGUCUCAAGCAGCAGCACCAAAAACAGAAACUCAGCCAGCAGCACCAUCACGUGCGGUCACUGAAUCCAAAGCUACUUCGCAGCCAGCAUCACCAUCUCGCCUAACAAAUCAAAUCAGAGCCUCCUCAGUUCCACCAUCACCAUCUCGUAGAGCCACUGAAACUCAAGUGACUUCUCAGCCAGUACCGCCAUUUCGUGGAACAAUUCAAAGCCAGGCUGCCUCUCAAACCCGACCACCAUCUCCUGUACCCACACAAGCAAGGGCUGCCUCUGUGCCUCCAUCUCCACCUCGCAUUGCUUCCCAGCCCCAAUCAACGGUACAGGCAGUCUCCAAGCAACAAUCUCCAUCCCGUUUGGCCUCUCAGCCAGCGGGCCAAACAUCUGCAGAACCGUCAGCUAGACCAGAAGGGUCCCAGCCUCCAACUUCUACUCAACCCCCAUCAUCUGCCUCACAAGAAACCACUUUUCAACCGUUUGGUGUUGCAGUAAAGCCUUCCCAGGCAACUGCCGAAGUAAAAGAAGUUGCACCAAUUACUGCAGCAGCUAUAGAAACACCUUCAGCACCAAGAAUGCCAAAGGAAAGGGAAGAAAGGGAGAAGGUUGAAGAAGAACGCAAGAAAGGACCAACAAAGAGUCCAACUCAAGAAGAGCCAGAGCGGAGAACAAAAAAAAGGGAGCUACUGGGGGCUGCUUUGGAAACGGGAAAAAGACACCAGGAAAAGCAAGAAGAUAAGAAGGCAUGGACAAUCACAAGCACUGAUGAAAAACAAAUCAAAACUGUGAGUUCAACACAUUCAAAAGAUGGGAUCACGCCAGAUAAUUCUCAUCAAAAGCAUGUCACUUCUAGUUGGGAACAAGUUCCUCUGCACAAAGAGAUCAGGGAAGAUAUUUCUAAGUUUGUUCAUAAGCUGGCAACAGGGCAACCAAAGCUGCCUACAGAUGAAAAAUCGAUCAGUGUUCUAACCCUAGCAGGAGAAAACAGAGGAGCCUCUUUUCACAUGGGGUCAGAAUCAACCAAAAAGGAUGGAUUAGUCCACACUCAGAGGGGUUAUAAGGCCAACCCAGAUGACAGUCCUGAUGCUACCACUGACGGAGAAGGAAGCUCCCAGGGAAGAAAGCCCAAGGAUUCAAUGACCAAAGAAAAUCCAUCACCAAGAGCAUAUGUCAAUAGUAACACACAAAGCAUCAAUAAUUCACUUGUGUUUGAAAGUUCUGUGAACGGAAAUGAUCCUGGCGUUCAUCUAGAAUUUUUACACAACUUAGCAGAAUCAACCAAAUCUAGUGCAAAGGCCGAGCCUCUUGAAACACGCAGGGCUGCAUUUAACAGUACACCAGCAGAGAAGCUUAAAUAUGAGCCUACAGUAAGAAGAAGAGGCCGCAGAGGGCUUUUCACGGAACCAAGUGACUCAGACCCUGAUAAUCCCGAAAAGCCUAGACGACAUGGUCGCCGCUAAAGCUGUGGAGAGAAGGACAAGGAAAAGGAGAUAGGGGUUCUCUGACCACAUAAAUUACAACUUUUAAUAAUUACCUAUCAGUUUGCAUAAAGCAUAUGCAUUCAUGAUAAAGUGAAUGAUUAUGAUAUAUCGAA